AUGGGUAGGCACGGCGAUGCCUUGAAGGAUUUCUGGAACUUCAUUCGCGGUCGGAAUGUUCGUGUUCUUGAAGGCUUUCCAUUUGAUCCAGGUCAUGAUGAGCGGGAUCAACGGCAGCAACGUCAAUACCAACAUCAACAGCAGCAGCAGCAGCAAGAUCCAACAUACACACAGCAUACGCAGCGAGAAAGACAUCAAAGCUCCGGAAACGCUAGGGAGUAUCCACGCAUUGGAGGGGGUUCAGGUCCGCAUACAGGGACGCGAAAUCGCGACUCCCGGCGGAAUGAGGCUGUGGUGACGGCGGAGAGGCGGGAAGCUGAGUUGCGGAUGGUGGAGAGGAUAGUUGCUGGGAGGUUGGAAAUGGCGAGGAGGGAGGAGGAGAGGAGGAGGGAGGAGGAGAGAUGGAGGAGGGAGGAAGAGAGCUGGAGAAGGGAGGAAGAGAGAUGGAGGAGGGAGGAGGGACGGUGA